CUUGUCAACAUUCUUUGUAUUUGGGGGCUGUUUGGAAACGUCAUCACGGUUAUAGUUCUAAUCAAACAGCAAAUUAAAGGCACUAUAACUAUUCUCCUGACCUCUAUCGCUGUUUUCGAUAUCGUUUUUUGUGUGACCCAGCUUCUCCAAGAAGCCAUCAUCAUAUUGAAAGAAUAUGACCCAGUGGCAGGAGGAAAAUUUCUAAUAAUUUACAUGCACGGAAUCGUACAAUGGAAUCACCUGGCCCUGUCAUCAAGUAUUUACAGCGUCGCUAUCAUCGGCGUCGAACGGCUGAUCGCAGUCUGCUUUCCGUUCCUCGUCGCCAGAAUCUGUACGCCCUACAGAACCAAGUGUCUCAUCGUUCUAACCGAGGUCUUCAUCUUCACGUUCACGUUCCCGGAAAAGUUUUUAUUUUACGAAUUCAAGUGGCAAAACAACCAGACCGUGUAUACGGCGAGAAGUUGGGCAAGAUCCGCCAACACACACCUCAUGUUCUACUGGGUGUAUAUCAUGCCAUUGGUUCAAGUCAUCCUGCCGCUGUGUGUGCUGACGGCGUGCUACACGGUGAUAGUGGUCAUGUUGCGUUCUUCUUCCUCGAAAACAUCGAAGCUGACGCCCAGCUACGCCAAGACGAGUAAAGCGAAGGAGCUUAAAAUGUUCCGAUUGCUGCUGGCCCUGAUGACCUUUGCGUUGUUAUCGUUCUCGCCAUCGGUAAUUUUUUCGCUGACGCUGUCCUACGGCGUGCUCUAUGUCGAUCUUGACCAUUACAGUUUUGAGCUAGUUAAGAUUCUGACCAAGGUCUGCUGUCAUGUUUUCACCUCCGUGAAUUUUAUCCUCUACGUGACCAUGUGCUCCAAAUUUGCAAAAUCGUAUUCUGAGUUAAUGAAAUGUUGUCUCCCAGGACAACGACGGAACAGUGCAAAAUGCAAUGUGUAUAGUAAAAAUGUGUUGGGAAAGUAA